AUGCGUCCGCAGACGACCUUACUGGAAACCAUUCAUCGUGGUUAUUUCUUCAGCACCGAUGAGGGCAUUCUCCUGGCCCAAAUCAAGACAUUUUUCGCUCCGGAACUGGCACGCCUGAGAAAUGCGGUCGCUGUCGAGGGCAACGAAGAACAACGUAAAUCAAACGGCACCGUAGAUUCCCCCAGUCCAUCUCAAAUGCUCUAUGGCAGCAACUAUGAUGAGAUCAAUCGAACUCUUCUCGGCAUUCUUGCUCUGCGGUGGAUCCACAACAACGACUAUGCACGAUUUACAACGGGUCAGAUAGCAGAAUACCGAUUAACCGAGGAUUCUUUCCAAGCCCUGCGUAAGCUCUUCACGGAUAACAUACGGACGCCAGAUGAUCUUUUCACUUUGGUUCUCUCCAUGAUAAUAAACGACCUGGGCAAGGAUCCUAACCUCAAGCACGACUAUACCAAUCUUACCCACAAAGAAAUCUCAGACCAGAACCACGAUUCCAUAUUACUUGAAGCUGCAAAUGCAGAUAUGAUUCCUUGUCUACGAUACCUUGAUGAGGAACAUCGAGCCGAAGUCAUGAAAGGCCUGGAGUUGGGAUCGGAACUGAAUGCAGGUCAGCUAGCUCAAGCCGAGAGUGUACCUUUCAAUCUGGAAGGGUUGUACAAUAUGCGUGGUCAUCAACAUGCAUUUGAACUCAAAUUUCUGGAACAAGUCUUGGAUGUUGCUGGGGCUUCUGGACAUCUAUACUCCAAGGGUUCCAAGAAUUUUAUUGAACCUGUCUAUCAAGCUUUCAAAACAGUUCAUGAAGUGUCUCUUGACAUUAUCGAAGGUAAAUCGACACUGCGACAGGGCUAUGACAAAGUGCUCACAAAGCGCGGGAAUAUGCUUUACGGAAAGGGUUUCCGUAGAUUGAGUGUUAGUAACGAUGAAGAAAGAGCCUUACUGCGGUUACUGACAAUGGGGCGCACGGCGGAUAUCGAACAGGCAAAACUGUUUUCCAAUGCGUUUCAUGCUUUGGACAAGUCAGACAAAGAUAAAUUAAUUGCCGGACUAAAUGUCGAUGGCAAUGUCAACGAAACUGCAGUGCUACCAUACUAUAUGCCUGCAAUAUUGUCCAAAACCUUGGAGACGACAAAAGAUUCUGGUGAAGAAGGUCGGCGGAAAGCUCUAACCAGCUUAAUGCGGUAUCUUGCGAAGGUUCUGGAAAAGGGCGCCAGUCAUGGUUUGCAAGUGGUGCCUGAAGAUGUUGGCUUUAAUCUUGGUGGAGAAGUUCCUGGUAUCAUUAUCGAGAGGAACAUGUCCAAAGCCCAAGAAGUCAUAAGCAGUCCAGCAUUCAAGCUGAAUCCAGAUUUGCUUGAUCAGUUGGACAUUCCAGAUGGACAGGUGUUGGUGCGUCGCCGGACAAGUCAGUCUAUGUGA